AUGUCAAUGACGGAACAAGAGCCUGUGCCUGAGGAGAUUUCAUUUCCUCUGGGAAAAUUGACAAUCUUAGAAGAAAAAAUAACAAGUUGUGUUGUGCCUGUGCUGCCUGAACAGGAGUUAGAGAGUUUACUUAUUGCUGCGACAGAGCUUGCAAAGAAAGGUGAAGAUGUUAAUGACCCAGGCUGUCAGCGUUUCUACAAUGAGGCAAUCACAUUAUCAUUUACAAAGAUUCUUACUGAUGAUGCAGUACCAUUAUGGAAUGAUAAUAUCCAACAGUGUGUGCGUUCAAACUGCGAGAAACUUGUUCAAUUAUGUGCCAUGAAACUUGAUGAUCCUAUAUUCUUGAAUCUUCUUACUAUGGCAUUAAAUCCGUACAAUAAGUUUCACACAUUUAACGCGUCAAAAACAUGUGAAGGCCUAACAACACCGACCAACGGUCAAGGGUCUACUCAAAAGAGACAUGUUUUUGCUCAGUCAGAAGAUCACGAGUCACCACGAGGCUGGCUAGUUCAUCUUAUUGAUGUUUUUGGCCAAGCCGGUGGGUUCGAUAAAAUAAUGGAAAGAUUUGAAAUCAUAAUGGGUUACAAAAAGACAGAAUUGGCAACAUCCGUGAACAACGAAGAAGAGAUAGACAUUAAUGAGAUCACCGAGAGUGAGGAUCAGAAGGUGGAUGCCACCGAGAGUGAGGAUGAACAGGUGGAUGUCACCGAUAGCAUGAUCAGCAGUCCUGAGCGUUCGAUAUCGUCUCGCUCUGAUCAGCCGCCUUCUCUAGAGAUGUCCACAGAUGGAGGCAAAUUUGCGGCUGUAUGGAAUUUACUGAAGCCGCUAGCACAUUGCCACGAUCUACUGAUGCCUUACCCUGUUAUUUUUUUUCUUUUUCCAAUUCUAGGAAUUCUAGAUUCGCAACGCGAUGCGCGAGUGACCGAGACACUGAACUGUUACAACCUACUCAAAUCUUUUAAAACCAGACUUACUGAAAGUCUCGGUCUAGUAGAUCAAAACACAGACAAUGUUCAGGAAGUUAAUGAAGACAGUUCUGACAGUGAACUGAUUGAUGUUGAGGUUCCUACCUACACAGCUCCAACGGGUGGUGCUGAAAGCCUGAGUGCCCCUAUAAGCAUGGAGACCGAUCAAUCUAUUGAAAUGCCAGGCAUUAAAGCCACAGUACUAAGAGGUCAUGAGUCUAAGGUUUGUGCUUGGAAUCCUAGCACGGAUCUAUUAGCAAGUGGUUCUGGAGAUAGCACAGCCAGAAUUUGGGAUAUGUCUAUGUCCAAUGUAAGUAAUCCAAUAAGUAUACCAAAUCAACUUAUAUUAAAGCACUGUUUUCCAAGAAAAGAACCAGAAGUACACACUUAUCGGGACGUCACAUCACUUUAUUGGAAUUGUGAUGGUGAUCAAUUAGCUACUGGUUCUUAUGAUGGCUAUGCCCGUAUCUGGUCAAGCGAUGGGAAACUUAUCUCAACAUUAGCUCAACAUAAAGGACAAAUUUUUGCUUUAAAAUGGAAUGAAAGCGGCAAUUAUAUAACAAUUGCAGGAGUUGACAGUACAACUAUUAUCUGGGACGCAGCCUCAGACCAGAGCAUUCACGUGGGUCAACUGAAUGUUCAAAAGCCAAUUAAGAGUUUCUUAGGUCACACAAAUGAAAUUAACUCUAUCAAAUGGGAUCCCCAAGGACAGCUACUUGCAUCUGGUUCUGACGACAUGACCUUAAAAAUUUAUUCCAUGGAUAGAGAUACCUGUGUCCACGAUUUACAAGGUCAUUCUAAGGAAAUAUACACCUUCAAGUGGUCACCCACUGGACCAGGGACUCAGAACCUCAACAUGAACUUGAUGAUAGCAAGUGCCUCUUUUGAUUCCACUGUGCGUCUUUGGGAUGUGGAGAUAGGUGCAUGUGUUCACACACUCACUAAACAUAUACAAUCUGUAUUCAGUAUUGCCUUUUCUCCAGAUGGAAAGUUCUUGGCAAGUGGAUCAUUUGAUAACUGGGUUCAUAUUUGGUCCACACAAACGGGAUCUCUUGUUCACUCAUACUAUACAACUGGGGGUAUUUUUGGGGUUUCUUGGAAUUCAAGUGGCACUAAGGUUAGUGCAAGUGUUUCCGAUGGAAAUGUAUUUGUUUUGGAUUUACGCAAGCUGUAUGAUGUUAUUGGUUAA